UUAGCGAAGGAGAUUGAUGAUGACGAUGAUGAAGAAGUCUGUAAUUUGCAUGUGUCUCCUGUUGCUUUUGCUCUUAGCAAUUAGUAGAGCAGAGUCGUCGAUCAAUUCAUGCACCAGGCGUUGCGGCAACGUCGACAUCCCCUUCCCCUUUGGCAUCGAGUCGGACUGCUUCCUUCCCGGCUUCCACGUCGUCUGCAACAACUCCAAACUCUACUCCGGCGGCAUCCAAAUCCUCAACAUCAAUCCCGACAAGUCUCAUGCCCACAUACUCCAGAAAAUCGCACUCGUCGACCCACAAAACAACAACAACUCCACUACCGGAGUCCACAUCUCAACGGCGAUGAACCUCACCGGCUCGCCCUUCCGCUUCUCCGAGAGCCGCAACAUCUUCGCCGCCUUCGGCUGCAACGUCAUCGCCUUCUUCAACACAUCCAUCCCCGGCAAAAUUUCCGAUACUGGAUACGGACGGCAUUCCUGCGCCGCUCUCUGCAACGACGUCAACUACAUCCACCUUAACGGUACUUGCUCCGGCGCCGACGGCUGCUGCCAGAUCACCAACAUUCCCCGGGAAAUGCAGCAACUAACUUCCUACUUGAUCCUUGACUUCGCCGGAUUUAGCGGCGGCUUGUCGUCACAAAAUUCGUCGUUCCUCUUCUCGACCCUCGUGUCUCAGUCCUAUUUCAAUUCGUCGUCGGACCUUCGCGGGCGUGACUUAUUUGAGCUAUUCCAAGGACAGGUUCCGGUCUCCGUCGACUGGACCAUUACCAACGCGUCGUGCCAUGAAGCUAAGCUCAAUCCCACCGCCUAUGCGUGCCGGAGUCAGAACAGCGAGUGUUACGAACCCUAUUCCUCCUUCAAAGGAUACACCUGCAGCUGCAGUGAAUAUUACAAAGGCAAUCCCUACAAGGCAGGCGGAUGUUCUGUUAGUAAAUGCGAUCUACACCCGGCUGUUAUGGAGUGUGUCCAAAGGGCGGGCAAUGCUUUUGCCCGCCAGGCAUGGGAGGGGAUCCGUUUCAUCCAAUCGGAUGUGGUGUAGAAGUCACUCCGGCAAGAAACAUCUUUUUGAUUAUAAGUGCAAGUGUUGGAGGGUGUGUGCUUAUUCUU